AAAGAAUUAAGAAAUUCAGAAAACCAGUUAAAAAAAUUAUAAUUAGAAAAGUUUAGAAAAUAUGCAGGUAUUUUCCAUGUAUUUUCGAUAAGUGUACACACGGAAUAAAACCUCAAUGUAUGAUUUUCCUAUUGUUUUUGCUUCCUACAUCCAUGUAACACAAUUCAGUAUAGUAUAGUCAGGUAUUUAGUAUAAUUUAUACACAAAGCGAAUACCUUCUGUGGUGGUGCUAAUGGUGGUAGGUAACAUACAUUGCUAAAGGAAAACCAACAAUCACUCAAAACAAAAACAUUACAAUUUUAUGGUAAACAUUGAAAAUGCAGUGUUGCGUGGUUUUCUGCAAUAAUACUUCCGAGGAUGUGUCCCCAUCAGAGAGGAAGGGGAUUAGCUUUCACGGUUUCCCCAGUGAUACGCGUCUCCAUGCUGAUUGGCUCAGGGCCAUCGGCAAACAAGACAGUCAUCUGCCAGACUCUGCUGUGGUCUGCUCACAGCAUUUUCUAGCUGAUGACAUUUACGAGACAGAAAGUGGCUUAAAGCAGCUUGUUACUGGUGCUAUUCCUUCAACAGUGCAGGUUUGCACUAUAUGCCUAGACACUGACAGCAAGAUGUUUCUGAUGAGUAAACACAAACUGGAAGAAGCAUAUGAAAAGUUAACAGGCCAGCCUUUGUGUGAUCAAGGAAACCUACAACAAAUGGUUUGUGUACAAUGUGCUCAAAAAUUGAAAAACUUUCGGCGAUUUAGAGACAAGAGCUUGAGAGCCCGCGCACUGAUGAUGGACUUAGUUGAAAAACAUGAAUUAAUUACUAGACGUCAUCUAAAAAUGAUAAAUCGCACAAGACAUCAACUAAAAAAUAAUUUUGUGAUGACAAUGCUAGGACCUGAUCCCUGUGACUUGUACAUACUAGAAGACCCCUCAGAAGACAAACAGACAGAAUCAGAGGCAACGGAACACAGAGUUGAAGUGAAAGAGGAAGAGGAAAAUUAUGACUGUAUGUCGGUUGAUGAAGACAUGGAAGUGUCAAAUGAAGAUGACACUAUUGUCAUCACAGACAAUGUCAAUGACGAGUUUGUUGCGUCUCAUGAAGGAUACUUAUCUGACGAUAGCAUAAAGUUGGAAUCAAAACUUCUGGAUGAAGCUAUUCUCGAAGCUCUCGGGAGAAACCGAGCCGUUGCAGAACAAGUGGCUGAAACACUGGAGCCGAUAAAGUGUGAAAGUGCUCCCUUCGAAUGUACUCUUUGUCCUGAGGAGUUUGUCUGUGAACUUGCAUACAUGCAACAUAUGAGCAUGCAUAUCCAGAACAGUGAUGGUGACCGUGGCAUGUCCCGAGUAUGCAAGCCUCAUACAGCUGUGAGCUCCAGCUCCUCACACUCUUCACUCCUGACAGAGAACAGGCAGGCCGUUCAGAAGCUGAACGAUGGCCCUCUUCGUUCCACAGACUCGGCUCUAACCUCGGAUGCUCUUUUAUCCGCGGGCAUUGCGACGAGUAUCGAGAACCAAGCACAAUUAGAAGACGCCGGUACAGUCCAGAAAAGUAAACAAGUUUUGAAACUAAGCAAUAGUGAAUUGACAAAAAAACAAUUCCACAACCAAUGUGCGGAUACCAGUAGUAAGACAAACAUUAAUAAAUUAACAAAUUGUGUCGUCAAAUUAUACGAUGUCUUCAAGACACAUAACAAACAUGUACUAAUACGAGACAAAAUGCUGGUGACAAACCAAACAACUGCUAAAGAUUUCAACUGUCAGGUAGUUAGUGAGAAUGAAGACAUGAGAGAUGCGAUAGAAGAUAUUGCUCCUUUCACUAAUAAAGUGGAAGUUAAUAAGCUUAAUGUUUUAAAAACUUUACAAAGUGAAACUAAAUGUUCCAAAAGUGACAAUUGUACAAAUAAUUUACUUAUUGAGAAAAAAUCGUUUACUUGUGACUUAUGUGGGAAUAUGUUCAAAAGAAAAAAUCUCUUAGCUAAACACCUUAAGAUACAUCAUGACAUUAUGCCAUUCACUUGCAAGUUAUGUCCAUAUAAAGCUAAUCGUAAAAGUAAUUUCAACCGACACUUGCUAACUCACACUGGUGAAAAAUCUUUUUCUUGUGAGUUAUGCGAUUAUAAAGCUGCGCUUAAGCAUCAUUUAGUACUACAUAUGAGAACCCACACUGGUGAAACACCGUUUUCUUGUGAGUUAUGCAAGUACAAAACUGGUUGUAAAUAUAGAUUAGUACUUCACAUGAGAACUCACACUGGUGAAAAACCAUAUUCUUGCAAUUUAUGCAAAUAUAAAUUUGCAAGAAAUGGUAAUUUAGUUACUCACAUGAGAACUCACACUGGUGAAAAACCUUUUUCUUGUGAGUUAUGCGAGCACAAAACGGGUAGUAAGCAUUAUUUAGCAAUUCACAUGAGAACUCACACUGGUGAAAAACCCUAUUCUUGCAAGUUUUGCAAAUUUAAAUCUUCAAGAAAUGGUGAUUUAGUUACUCACAUGAGAACCCACACUGGUGAAAAACCCUUUUCUUGCAAGUUUUGCAAAUUUAAAUCUUCAAGAAAUGGUGAUUUAGUUACUCACAUGAGAACCCACACUGGUGAAAAACCCUUUUCUUGCAAGUUUUGCAAAUUUAAAUCUUCAAGAAAUGGUGAUUUAGUUACUCACGUGAGAACCCACACUGGUGAAAAACCCUUUUCUUGCAAGUUUUGCAAAUAUAAAUCUUCAAGAAAUGGUGAUUUAGUUACUCACAUGAGAACCCACACUGGUGAAAAACCCUAUUCUUGCAAGUUGUGCAAAUAUAAAUCUUCAGAUAAAAGCAAAUUAGUGCGCCACAUGAGAACUCACACUAGUGAAAAACCCUAUUCUUGCAAGUUAUGCAAAUAUAAAUGUUCACAAAAUAGUGAUUUAGUAAGUCACAUGAGAACUCACACUGGUGAAAAACCUUUUUCUUGUGAGUUAUGCGAGUAUAAAGCUGCUCAUAAACGAAGUUUAGUGAUACACAUGCGGGCUCACUAGCGAAAAACUCUUUUCUUGUGAGUAUAAAACUUCGUAAAAUUCAGUUAAUGAGGCACAUGAGAACUCUCACUGGUUAAGGGGCAUGAGACGGGUCUGCCCGCGAAAUUCUAAUUUAAUUUGGUUUUUCACGAUUUGGAAACUUAUAGGACAAAGUAGGCUUAUGGCACUUGAAUCGCGCUAAUGGCAGUACGAUACCUCACAGGUUUAUAUAAAAAUCUUUACUUGAAAGCGUCCAGUUUAAGAAAUUUGCUAUAGUAUCGACUAAUUUGUGAGUAACUCAUGUCAAGCUCAUUAUCUUGACCAAUUUUUUAAACUAAACACUUUCAACAUCCGAACGUUCCGAACAUUUAUUUUGUAACAAAUUUUCAGCCGUGAACUAUAGUACCUUUGAAUGUUUAUUUUGGCUGGGCUAACUUGUGACCUUUUUAACCUCCGACCCAAAAAGAGGGGUGUUAUAAGUUUGACGUGUGUACCAUUGUAUCUGUCUGUGGCACCGAAGCUUCUAAACUAAUGAACCGAUUUCAAUUUAGUUUUUUUUGUUUGAAAGGUGGCUUGAUCGAGAGUGUUCUUAGCUAUAAUCUAGGAAAAUCGGUUCAGCCGUUUGAAAGUUAUCAGCUCUUUUCUAGGUACUGUAACCUUCACUUGUCGGGGUGUUAUAAAUUGAUUUAAACUUGUUCGUAUUCAUAGUUUAAAUACUGUACCUAACCAAAUUGGGAUUUAUAUAAUUAAAAAAAGUGUUAAAUUUAUUUGGAAAUAAUAAAAACUUUAAUGUUCCU